GGGGUUGCGAGAGUUAGCACAGACCCAACCCCAGUCACACUCCGCUGCCCUCUCUUGUCAAGAGAAAGGGCGAGCGACGUGAGGUUCGUGUGUGACGCUCCCUCGUUUUGGACGGUGCUUGGGCGUACGCGGCGCAUAACAUUUGCGCUCGCCCUGUCAAAGAAAUGUCCGGCGAACAAGAAUGGGAACCCUUGCCGUCGUACCUCGAGGUCCUGCGAGGUAUGUACGAUGUGUGCAAGUACAGCGCUCGUGUGUACGCCGCCAACGGUAACUACAGUUUCCCCAAGGACGUGCUUGUGGACGUGGGCAACUUUUGUCAAAUUCCUCUCGAGGAUAUCGUCGUUGUGCUGGGACUAGCCAUCCUCUGGACGGUGGGCAGGCAGCUUCUCACGGACCGCCUUUUCAAGCCCGUUGGCCGCUGGCUGCACAUCCUGCCGGAGAAUGUGGACAAGAUGCCCGAGAGCGCUUGGAAGCUGCUCUACUACUCCUCCUUGUGGAUAUACACAAUCUACGUGGUCAUCCUCAAGGGCAAGUACCGCUUCUUCCAGCAGCCAAGCACGGUCUGGGACGGCUGGAGCACGCAGAUGGUGGUCCCAUCGGACAUCUACUGGAUCUAUGCAAUCCAGUCGAGCUACUACGUGCACGGCAUGUAUGCCGUCGUCUACCAGGACAUUUGGAGGAAGGACUCGGUGGUGAUGCUGCUCCACCACACCCUCACCCUUGUGCUGCUCUGGAUGUCCUAUGUAUUCAGGUGCCACAACAUCGGAGUGUUGGUGCUUGUGCUGCACGACCUCUCGGACAUCCUGCUCGAGUUUUCCAAGCUGAACGUGUACCUCAAGGUGCGAGGGGGAAAGUUGCACUCCAUACACGACCACAUGGCCACGGUGGCAUUUGCCUGCUUUGCCAUCACCUGGUUCAUCACUCGGCUGUACUACUACCCGAGGAAGGUGAUGUAUGCGGCCACCACGGGCCUCUUCAUGAAGCAGGUGUUCCCCUCCUACUUCUUCGCCUUGGACUGCCUGCUCACUGUCCUGCUUCUGAUGAACCUCUACUGGUUCAUUCUGAUUGUGCUGUUUGCGGUGCGUGUGCUGACGGGGGACAUCAAGGAGCUGGACGACACGAGGGAGUACGACGUGGCCCAGAAGUUGGACAAGAAGGGUGUCCUGGCCAACGGGGCACCCCCGCCCAGUCCGACGAAGAAGCUGGAGAACGGCAACGGCUGCCAUAAUGGGGCUACGUCGUGGCCAGGACCUCGCGGAGACUCCGGGACCGUGCGGGAGCGCCGCACAGCCGCCGAAUCCUAAGUGUCUUGGACCACCUGUGCUCUGGCGUCUCUAAAAGUCGCCUCUCUCCUUUCUUUCUCACUGCUCCAGCAAGCCAACACGUGCGUGUAAUCCGCGGUUUUUACUGGUGGUGUUCGCGUAGGGUUUGACAGUUUUUUUUCUUUCGCCAAGGAACUUCUUUGUACACGGGUGUGUAUGUGAAGAAAGUUUGCAGCUUAGGAUCGUCCCCAAAAGGAAAAUGAGUGGCGAAAUUUGUCAAAAUACGAUUUCCCCCCUCCUCCCUUCCUGGAUGUUUUACUUGACCUUUUCAUCAUCGCAUCGAGCAAAAACUUAAGCCUCCUGGUCUGCUCUCGUGAAAAAUGGGAAAGUAAAAAUGAAGUGGCUGGACGGCGAAGCCCGGUUACAAGGGAUUGUUUUUCGGGCCUCUAAAGAAAAAAAAAAAAAAGCGUCAUCUUUCACGACGAGCGUCGAAGUGCUCGAUCUGGAUUCACGAAGCUCCGCCGCGCUAAGGGAGGGCUGUUUUGGAAGAGGACGCUCGUCAGUCAAUGUGUAACCCGUAAACUGCAUCGCCGUCAGACUAUUGAAAACAUCUGACUGUUAAUGAACAGACAGGCUAGCCAGUCAACUUUCCACAUUGUGAAAAUUUUAGAUGGCGGAGCUCAGAAGAGGAAGGCUGUUUUCUUUUUGUCCGUUCCUCAGUCUCUCGCUUUUGCAAAGCUGAGAAUCUUUUUGUUUCAGUUGAGGCUCACACCAGUUUGAGACUUGAAAGUAGGGUGGAACUUCUACGUGCCACAUCUCAUUCAAUUUGGCGGUCGACUUUGAGUUGUAGACCGUCCUUUCAGACACCCCUUAUAUAUAUAGUAUAUAUAUAUAUAUCUUGUAUGUUUAGGUCCUCGCCUGCCACGCUGCUGCCGAAGCCUUUUGCUCGACCCACUUUUCUAAAGACCAUGGCAUUCUUUCCAGUUACGGAGGGCGAUUUGUGUUCUCCUCCUUGGCUGCGGGACUGCAGAAGACUUUUGCAAUUGUUCUGGGAGGUCAGUGCUCUUACUCCCGGUUUUGUACCGUGCUGCGAUCGAUGACCCGAGAGACAUUUUUUUAGAUCUUUGCGAGAGUAUGUGGGACUUUUUUUUCGGUCUGAGCACCAGUGACACUGCGUUUCGAUGUGGCAAUCAUUGAUCAGGGUGCGGGCGGUGCUGUGACCGUUGGCGAGCUUGCGCCAUUCUUCUUUGCGAGGUGGGACAUGGCUCUUCCCAUUUGCGAAGUGCGAUGUGAUUCUCUGCUCUACAUCAUUCUUCGACGCAUGUGUGGCAAAAAGUGUGUUGGAGUUGCUAGUGCUUUUUCUACAACCUUUGUUUUUUACGAGGGAAUUAAAAGAGGGGCGACUCCUAACGGUUGCUUAGUGUGAUGGCCACAGCUGACUUUUUCCCUUUGGCCACCAAUUGGCUUGUCUUGAUGAAGGAUGAGCUUGGCACCAUGCGCAGCAGCUAAAGCUUUUGACUUUUAAAAGAUAAAUGCCUGUAUUCAUUCAAUUUUGGUUUUAGUUUUUUGGUGCCCACCAUCAGCACAGCCCUAUGAUGUAGUGCACUCCACAGCCAAAUCUUUUUUUGGCAUUUUAGUUACUGGCCCUUCUUCGUUGGGCAGAAGAAAAAAAAAAAGAUUAUUUCUGUUUACUCACAAUCUUAAUGUCUCUUGAAAAAGACAUGUUGGUAACAAUUCUUGUUCCUUACUACAAUUUUGCGUCUCGGUCACAGAACAUUGGCCCUUUUUGGCAAAUUAACCUUUUCUGCAGAACUAAGCUAUGUCGGAAGUAGCCCAAAACCAUUGAUUCCAACUGUCCAAGCAAACCAUGAAAGUAGCAGAGGAGCAGGGGCCGACCGGGGGAAUUUGGAAGUGGAGCUUUUGGUGGUGCCCUACAAUGGCAGCUGACGUUUCAGCUACACCUCUUAACAGAAGUUGGGCCAUCAUCGUGAGGCUGCCCAGAAUUGUUUGGUCCUUUCAAUGCGAAAGAAAUGCAGGCUCCUGUAAGCACUGGACUUUACCUAAACCAAGUGUAUCAGGACCAAAGUAUUUGCGAGUCUAAAUUGAAAACUUCAGCACAAGCAACACGGUUAAUAUAAACUUGGACGUUCGCUUGGAGUUGCCCCUUCUUUUAAAAUUCUCGUUGCAAGCUGUAACGAACAAAACAUUUAUGGGUGCAAGCCACCCGCAGUUCAGUGGAGUGUUUUGGCAAUUUCUCUCCCCUUUACUACUCUUCUUUUUGUGCGUUUUUAAAACCUGCCGAAUUGAGGUGGGUGGAGCUGGUUGGUGCAUUGUUUGAGUGUGAAGUGGGGUACUGUGAAGACAAUUAUGUCUUCUAUGUGUUUAUUCUCAUGUUUAAUGGGACAGUAUGUGCAUUGACUGCAAGGAUUUUCAACCUAGCCACUAUUAUUCCUGCAGCAAGGUUGAAUACCGACAUGCAUAAGCACGUGUUGAAUGUGUCAUUGAGCUUUUCUUUGCUGACCAGCUGCAGCCUUUGUGGAUGUCAUGUGUUCUUGGUUUGCUUGAGACGAUGUUGUGAAAGAGGGUCUGUAAGAACAUCAGCGAGUCAUAUCUUUUCCCCCUUUAACUUGUCACGUUUUUAGUAGGCCUGUUUGAGAAAACUGGCCUCCCCCGAUCAAAUUACAGGCCGAAUGUUUGCGUGCAUGUAUGCCCCAGACUGUUUUUUCAAGAACAUUUGCAGACCAAUGUAUUUUCUUGAAAAUGGAGCAAAAAAACUUUGCUGUUGUGUUCUAUAUGUCUAUAUUCUUGGUGUCCAAUUAAAAAUUGUGUUUCUGCCUUUUUUAAGAGUUUUAGUUCUCUCUCUCCUCAGCUUUUCUUUACUGUUUAAAUGAGGCAUUGCACAUAUAAUCUUGGUCCUUGUGGGCCUCAUUACUUCCAUUUGGGAUUUCAGUGCAACAUCUAGGGAGCUUCACAAACCAGUUUUCUAGGCAGCAUUUUCAAGGUAGUUUCACUACUUGGUCCAAGAGCUCGGCACGGUCCUCCGUGGCAGCAUUAUCAGGAGCUUAAUGUAGGGCAUUAUUUCAAUGGUAACCGAAAGAAACCCAUGUGCGAUCGCUCCCAUCAAGCGAACAUGGAUUGCAUGAAUGAGGAUGUCUACGGAUGUAAUUUAUAUAUACAUCUGCUGCCAUUCAAGAUCUUGACAUGGUCACUGGAUUGCCAUCGGACCAAACUGCAAGACAUGUCAGCCACUGCCUUAUCAAGAAUCUAGGAUAAACCUUAAAUUGAUAAUGUGAGUAUAGGUAGUUCAAAUGAGGCACGCUGAAAAUAAUUAUUUUUUAUCUUAAGAACAGUCUAAAUUUUUUUAGAAAUGUAGUGCAUAUUUUCUAUUGUUCGUGCAUAUUCCUCAGAAAGUCUUGCAGAAAUGCAGUAUCAGCAGUUUAGGGGUAUUGAAGUGUAGUGAAAACUUGGCGUCAUUUUUCUUUCUCUGAUCAGUGUAAUUUCCAGGUGUUGCCGGCUUCUUAUAGGAUAAAAAAUAAAGCUGUGGUUGAGUGCCUUUAGCUUCGUACCAGACUGGAAGAUGGAAUUCAAAAUCUCUGCUUAGCUGCUUGUGAACUCUCUCGUACAAAAUUUUGAGCAUGUCGCUGUAGGUUGCCUUCUUUUCCCUGGAACUCCAAAAAUGUAGUGUCUGUAUUGUGGUUUACAGAAUCAUUUAUGUGCGAAAAACGAUUCCCCCACAUUUUGAUCCACAGUGUAUACGAACAUUGCCUUUGGAGCCUUUAUUUGGGGGCUUCCGAACAUACUGCAGGGUAUUGAAGUUUAGGCACCUUUGAAAUGCUAGCUGGUUCCUGCUUAGGGAAUAUAUCGAAAAGGCUAUUUAAAAUUUAGCAAUUGCGGCAUUAACAAGGUUAAAAAGGUUGCUGCCUUAAGAGCCUGAGUCCUCACUGGAUGGAUCAGUCUUCAUAACAUUGUUUCUCAGUGUGGUUGAAAUCUCAGUGUCAAGUUUCACAUUUUUAGAUUUUGAGCAGGUUAAGUUAUGCUCCGUUUAUGUAAAGUGUCAUGUAUAUCCUUCUGAAUUGUAUUGUGCCGAUGUAGUUUGCUUUGCGGCACUAAACUUCUUCGGAUUUGUUGGUGUGGUGUUGAGCCUGCAUCAUGAACACAAUGCAUUGUAUGCAUUUUGGUGAGUCAUUUGGUGAUUGAACUUCUCUCUCCUCACUUUUCCUUGACCAAAGAUAAAGAACGGUAUCUAGUUCAAUACAUCUCAAGGUACUUUUUGCUUCUUAUUUGAUUUCCUUGUGUAUCAUUUUUUAAGACUUUCCUGAUGUUUAUAAGAUCUGUGAAGAUGACAAGCAGUUUUUGUGCCUGUUGACAGAUUAAUAAAACGAAAAAAUUGGGCUUGUUUUUCCACA